CUAUUUCCCUUUCUAGACUUUCUUCUUUGAAAGUGAGUCACUUAGACUGGCUCACACUCAAGGGGAAGGGAAUUGAAUUCUUCCUCUUACAGUGGGGAAGGAUAUACAUGUAUUAGUUGGAAUUCCCUGUGAGGAAGAUUUGUCCCUCUCACUUAUUUGUGUAUGUAAGUAUGUAGUCACUUAUUUAUAUCGUGGAAUCAUGGAUAUUUAUUAAUUCAGUUAUAAUACUGUCAUGAUUUAUUUUGCUGCUUGAAUUAUUCCAGCUUUUGCCAUUGGAAAUUCCAUCAUUUUGGUUCCUGUCUUUGACAUAUCCCUAACCUUUCAUCUUUUGAGCAUUACCUUUCUGUUACAGGUUUGUCUUGUAUUUUUCGUGUCUCAGCCCUAGAAUUAACCAUUUCUCCAGAGCCCUGCUUCCUUGUAUUGGAGGAUGGUAUUUAGAAACAAAGGUUAUGGGUGGUGGGUAUGCUUAUUACUCCUGAGGUGUUACUGCUUCUAGGCCCUCUGUUGGACAGAGCUUGGAAAUACAUGUAUGUCGGCUAACCCACAUGUGGGUACAUAUCUAUGUUUCUCUAUCAUAUAUUUUAAAAUAAAUAUUAUGAGUUCAUACUGGUAUCUCUGACUCUAAUUCAACCACUCUUUGCUUAUUUGUAACUACUUUUUCUGAUAUUGAAGAACCUGGCUCACAUUAUAUAUGAUUUAUUUGCUUGUUCAACCCUAGUGUACACAUAGAGUCCUUUCAGAAUUACAAACUAUGUUAGUUCAUUGUGAGAAAUUUACCAACUAGCACAGUGUUUACAUACAGUUCUUUUAUCGUUAUCCUUCCUGUAUCUAGUCAAAACAGAUUGUCCCCUCAACUCUCUUCCCUUUUCAUGAGGCUAUCAUAAGAUUGUAAUAUAGUAAGACUCAUUGUAUAGUCCCCAUUCCAUCCUGAGAUCCCCUGAUAGCCUGUUUUGUUUUUAUUUGUUUACAGUUUAUCAUUUAAAAAAAUGAUUGUCUUUACAUCAAGUAUUGUUGUCUAACUUUUUCAUGAACGUUGUAAUUCCUGAUCUCACUUACUUGCAGUUUAUGUAGUUGAUAGCUAGUACUUAUGUGGUACUUACUGUCUGCCGGGCACUGUCUAUGCACCUUACACAAAUUUACUUCUUGUAACAACUCUGAGGUAGAAUCUCUUGAAUUAACCUCUUUUUUGUGAGGAGAGUGAGGCACAGAGAUGUUAAUUGGCCAUGUUCACACAUAGCUGGUAAGUGGGAGAACUGGGAUAUGAACCCAAGUAGUCUGGCUUUGGAGUCCAAGCUCUUGUCUUUUGUUUAAGACUGUUUAUAGGACUCAGACUAAAUACUGCCUUAUUAAUUGAGCUUAUUGUUUGAACUUAGUUUGGAAUGGAGAGUGCUGCUGCUCCCUCUUUGCCUGGCAUCCAUAGCAGCCUUGUUAAUAAUCAUGAUAGCACUCUUUCCUGCUACGGUAGUACAUGGUCUGGGCUGCGAAUCCUUUAGACAUAACCUUAAUGUGGUUAUAUGAGAUGAAAUCUAUUUAUCAUCUCUGAUCUUGUCUUUCUGGAAUCCUGAUUCUAGUAUCCAGUGCAUAGCACUGUGCACCUCCUUCUGUUGGAUUCCGCUCUCAUGGUCUUUUUCAUGGGGUGCAUGUUUUCUAUAUUUCUCUUCAGCCAUACGAUCUGCUUUUCUCAGGUAAUUUUUAUCACUUACCAAUAAUUUAACAUCCAUAUGUCUAAGUUCUCUUUAUAUUGUUUUCCUUGUCUUUACCUGCAAAAUUUUAUUUACCAUUAAUUUACUUUUCAGUGUAUCAAAACAAUGGACUUUAACUUAAUUGAAAUUGUUAAAUGAGACUAACAGCUGCCUUCAAAGCAUUUAAAUGUAAAAUAACUAUUGAAACUGGAGAUUUUUUUGUAAUAGGCAAUUUUAUGGCAAUCUUGCUGUGAAGGAAACAUUAUUAAGGGAAGGACAUCAAGAAUAUUGUAAUCAUAUUACUUACAUUUUGUUGGGUUCGGGUUUUGAUUUUAUUUAGCCUGGUAUUCAGUUAAGAGUCAGAGUUAAUGCUAUUAAUUUAGUUAGGAAGGAGAAGUAGUACAUGCUGUUUAUUUUGUUUUCUUUAGACCAGUAGAAACAGAAACAUCCAUUUGGCCAGACCAGAUAGAUGGCUAUUCCGUUGAUGAAGCAGAUCCUUUAGGAAGAAAGGCAUCAAGAACACUGAAUAAUCAUGGGCCAGACUGGGAAGAAAUCUGAGAAGGGACCAGUUUGUUGGCGGAAGCGUGUAAAAUCAGAGUACAUGCGGCUGAGACAGCUCAAGAGGUUCAGACGAGCUGAUGAAGUAAAGAGUAUGUUUAGUUCCAAUCGUCAGAAAAUAUUGGAAAGAACGGAAAUCUUAAACCAAGAAUGGAAACAGCGAAGGAUACAGCCUGUGCACAUCAUGACUUCUGUGAGCUCAUUGCGCGGGACUAGGGAGCUCCCAGUGGUCCAGCCACACAGUCGCCUAUUGUACCAGCUGGUUGAUUGUUCGGUGACCAGUGACUUGGAUUUUCCUACACAAGUCAUCCCAUUAAAGACUCUGAAUGCAGUUGCUUCAGUACCCAUAAUGUAUUCUUGGUCUCCCCUACAGCAGAAUUUUAUGGUGGAAGAUGAAACUGUUUUGCAUAACAUUCCUUAUAUGGGGGAUGAAGUUUUAGACCAGGAUGGCACUUUCAUUGAAGAACUAAUAAAAAAUUAUGAUGGGAAAGUCCAUGGGGAUAGAGAAUGUGGGUUUAUAAAUGAUGAAAUUUUUGUGGAGUUGGUGAAUGCUCUUGGUCAAUAUAAUGAUGAUGAUGAUGAUGAUGAUGGAGAUGACCCUGAUGAAAGAGAAGAAAAACAGAAAGAUAUUGAGGAUCACAGAGAUGAUAAGGAAAGCCGGCCACCUCGGAAAUUUCCUUCCGAUAAAAUUUUUGAAGCCAUUUCCUCAAUGUUUCCAGAUAAGGGCACAGCAGAAGAACUAAAGGAAAAAUAUAAAGAACUCACCGAACAGCAGCUCCCAGGCGCACUUCCUCCUGAAUGUACCCCCAACAUAGAUGGACCAAAUGCUAAAUCUGUUCAGAGGGAGCAAAGCUUACAUUCAUUUCAUACGCUUUUCUGUAGGCGAUGUUUUAAAUAUGACUGCUUCCUACAUCGUAAGUGCAAUUAUUCUUUUCAUGCAACACCUAACACUUAUAAGCGGAAGAACACAGAAACAGCUCUAGACAACAAACCUUGUGGACCACAGUGUUACCAACAUUUGGAGGGAGCAAAGGAGUUUGCUGCUGCCCUCACUGCUGAGCGGAUAAAGACCCCACCAAAACGCCCAGGAGGCCGCAGAAGAGGCCGGCUUCCCAAUAACAGCAGCAGACCCAGCACCCCCACCAUUAAUGUGCUGGAAUCCAAGGACACAGACAGCGAUAGGGAAGCAGGCACUGAAACAGGGGGCGAGAACAACGAUAAAGAAGAAGAGGAGAAAAAAGACGAAACCUCGAGCUCCUCUGAAGCAAAUUCUCGGUGUCAAACACCAAUAAAGAUGAAGCCAAAUAUUGAGCCUCCUGAGAAUGUGGAGUGGAGUGGUGCUGAAGCUUCGAUGUUUAGAGUCCUCAUCGGCACUUACUAUGACAAUUUCUGUGCCAUUGCUAGGCUGAUUGGGACCAAAACAUGUAGACAGGUGUAUGAGUUUAGAGUGAAAGAGUCUAGCAUCAUCGCUCCAGCUCCUGCUGAGGAUGUUGAUACUCCUCCACGAAAGAAGAAAAGGAAACACCGGUUGUGGGCUGCACACUGUAGAAAGAUACAACUGAAAAAGGACGGUUCCUCUAACCAUGUUUACAACUAUCAACCCUGUGAUCAUCCACGGCAGCCUUGUGACAGUUCGUGCCCUUGUGUGAUAGCACAAAAUUUUUGUGAGAAGUUUUGUCAAUGUAGUUCAGAGUGUCAAAACCGCUUUCCUGGGUGCCGCUGCAAAGCACAGUGCAACACCAAGCAGUGCCCGUGCUAUCUGGCUGUCCGAGAGUGUGACCCAGACCUCUGUCUAACUUGUGGAGCUGCUGACCAUUGGGACAGUAAAAACGUGUCCUGUAAGAACUGCAGUAUUCAGCGGGGCUCCAAAAAGCAUUUAUUGCUGGCACCAUCUGAUGUGGCAGGCUGGGGGAUUUUUAUCAAAGAUCCCGUACAGAAAAAUGAAUUCAUCUCAGAAUACUGUGGAGAGAUUAUUUCUCAAGAUGAAGCCGACAGAAGAGGGAAAGUGUAUGAUAAAUAUAUGUGCAGCUUUUUGUUCAACUUGAACAAUGAUUUUGUGGUGGAUGCAACCCGCAAGGGUAACAAAAUCCGUUUUGCAAAUCAUUCAGUAAAUCCAAACUGCUAUGCAAAAGUUAUGAUGGUUAAUGGCGAUCACAGGAUAGGUAUUUUUGCUAAGAGAGCCAUCCAGACUGGCGAAGAGCUGUUUUUUGAUUACAGAUACAGCCAGGCUGAUGCCCUGAAGUAUGUCGGCAUUGAAAGAGAAAUGGAAAUCCCUUGACAUCUGCUACCUCCUCCCCUCCUCUCUGAAACAGCUGCCUUAGAUUCAGGAACCUCGAGUACUGUGGGCAAUUUAGGAAAAGAAAAUGCAGUUUGAAAUUCUGAAUUUGCAAAGUACUGUAAGAAUAAUUUAUAGUAAUGAGUUUAAAAAUCAACUUUUUAUUGCCUUCUCACCAGCUGCAAAGUGUUUUUUGUACCAGUGAAUUUUUGCAAUAAUGCAGUAUGGUACAUUUUUCAACUUUGAAUAAAGAAUACUUGAACUUCUC